AUCUAGGCAAGUAAAGGUUUUUUAACUGAACGCGCAGAGUGCUUAACCUGCUUAACUUUACAACACACUGAGGAACGAUUGUUUUACCAGCCUAGCAAUGUCGUGCCAGAACUGUGUCCCGUUAGCAAAGUCAAGAAUUCAAAGACUCGUGAACAAUCCGACUGAGGCUGUUCGCGAGAGUCUCUACGGAAUGGUUAUGGUGCACAAUGGACUUAUACUUCUCGAAGGAUGUAAUGCUGUACUAAGAAGAGACUACAAUGAUCUACAUGACAAGGUUAAGAUCGUUUCUGGAGGAGCAGCCGGUAAUGAACCGUCGUUUGCUGGUUUCGUUGGACCUGGCAUGCUUACCGCCGCGAUCUCAGGAAAUUUAUUCGCUGCACCUUCGAGUGACACAAUACUGAGGGUCAUCGAGGAACUGGGAACUAAUCACGCACCGGGUAUUUUAAUGAUAGUGCAAAACUACACCGGACAUCGCAUAAACUUUGCCUUGGCGAAAUUGCGUGCAGAAAAUAUGGGGCUAAAGGUGAAGAUGAUCCUCGUGGCCGAUGAUGUUUGUUUAAAAACAUUUGAAAAAACUGCUGGCCCACGUGGUCUUGCUGGCAUCCUAUUUCUACAGAAAGUCGCUGGUGCCAUGGCAGAAGAUGGAAAAAGUCUCCAAGAGAUUUACGAGAAUUGCAACCUAAUUUCGAGUGAAGGUCGAAUAAGUACUGUCAGUGUAUGCACUAAGGUACCAUUUCCGGUUGGCAGUUGCGCUUGUACAGAGGAUACGAUGCCUGUGCAAAUGGAGAUAGGCUAUGGAAUACAUGGGGAACCUGGAGUCUUGAGAAUACACACUGCUACAGCUAAAAGCAUGAUUUCCAAGUUGCUGGAGACGAUGGGAGCGAUCACAGACGAGAACGGGAGCAGUUCGCUAUUUGAUCAGGAAUUACAGGGUUCCAACAAGGACGUAGCAAUUAUGAUUAAUAAUCUUGGAGGUUCCAGUCAAUUGGAAAUCAAUAUAAUUGUACUGGAAACGAUGCGACAGUUGGCAGGUUUUGGUAUUAAAAUCAAACGUGCUUACGUGGGAACGUUGAUGACAUCGUUGGACACGUGUGGCUUUCAGUUAACUAUCAUGAAAAUCUUAUCGGACGAAAAUCUGAUAAAAUAUUUAGACGCUCCAACAGUUGUUCUGGCUUGGCCAAAAGUUUUUAAUCUGAACGAUACAGAAUUGAUAAACAUUCAGAGAAAAUUAACAACAACAGGAAUAUACGAAAAGAAUGUCUCAAACAACAAGAUAGACUCGAUAGGUCCAACGAUACAAGACGGAACCGCAAAAGUGUUAUUGACUGUCAUUACCUUUGCCUGCGAGGCAUUAAUUGCUUGUAUGGAACAACUAAAUAUAAUGGAUGAUGACUCUGGUGACGGUGACUGCGGCAGUACACUGGCUCGCGGUGCUGCUGCCAUUAAAUCUGCGAUUAAGGAAAAUCAGCUAUGCGGCACAAGACCAUUCGUGACACUCAGGCAAAUUAGUGAAAUUACUGAAAAGGAAAUGGGUGGCCUUCAAGGUGGUUUAUAUUCCUUGUUCUUCGAUGCUGCUGCUCAAGUUUUCGCCGAGAGUUCGGAAAACGAAGUUGUGACUGCAUGCACGUGGCUGAAUGCUCUUACUGCCGGAAAUAAAGCAAUUGCGGCUUAUGGGAACGCAAGCGAAGGCGAUAGAACGAUGUUGGAUCCUUUGCUGGCCGCGCAAAAUCGAUUCGCAGAAUCGCUUGAGGCAAAUUUACAUCCUAUUAGAGCCUUUGGAGAUGCCGUGAAGGUUGCGGAAUUGUGCGCCAUCGAGACUCUUCGCAUGUCGGCCUCCGCAGGACGUGCCAGCUUGAUACGGUGCAAGACCUUUAAAUAUCCGGAUCCUGGAGCACACGCAGUAGGAAUAUGGAUGAGGGCAGCCUAUGAAGGAAUCAAGCUCAAACUUAGUUGCGAUUUGGUAGCUGGUGGUAGAGGACACCAAGAAAACGUCGUAAAAAGUAUAUCUAUACGCGAGGUGCAUGUAGCGUAUAGAAACGGCAGGGAAGUCGAAUUGUCGGGCGAAAGAUUCCGACCAGAGAAAGAAGGAACGAUGGACGCAGUGAUAGCGCUGUGCACCUUUUGCGAGAUUCACGGGCCCAAAGUGAUCUUCACCACUCAGACCUAUCGGAACUAUGAUGAGCAAAGCACUGAAAAACUUAAGUUUUAUGGUCCAAAGAAGGUUCUUCGUGAAGGUCAAACCACACAAGAUGAGAAUCAAGGGGAAUGCGGAGGAUGCCAAAGUAUCGACACAAUUAAAUAUCUGAGUAACGAACACGAUGCCAGGACUUCUUAUCUGUCGGCCCAACGAGCCUUAACGCAGGACGUCCGCAAUUUGCUCAAGCACGCCUGCAUCAGGAGUCUCAGCUGCGAAGUGCAUCCGGGAAAGGAAGGUGUCUGCUACUUUGGAGACGAAUACAGAGGACAUGUUCUCAGUCACACAUUUACGCUCAAGGAUGCUCAGGCACGAGGAUUCCGAAGAUGGUGUAGCUUUAUUGUCUUUAUGAGGGAUAAGCAAUUCUUACUGAACAUGUGGCCGUUCCUCGUUGACAACUUAAAGGAAGUCAUUCGCGAGCUGCAAGAUUAUACAGAACGGAAAUACAAUGCCGACGAAGCCGAAUGUCCACAAAGAGCUGUUCGUCUGUCAACAGCUAGUGGCGCAUUCGGAUCACAAACUAUUUCAAAUAAACAGCCACGAGCACUCACUGAGAUUACAAACGAGGAGCAUGUCUUUGCCAGAAUUCACAUGUGGUUUGUGUGGAUACUGAGUGCUGGUGCGAGACACUUUGUCGAAAUUUUGCCAAUGAGUUUGCUGGACGAGGAACUCAAUCACAAUUUGGAACACCACGUGGAAACUGAAGAAGGAUUUACGUUGGUCAAUGCUAAGUCCCCAGUAAAUACUAAUUUGAUACAAGAACAAUCAGUGUUGAUACCAGAAUUCACUGCAAUAACGGAGAAAACUCCAGUAUCAAUUUUGAGGGAUUUAAAAAAAGUACUUGGAGGAGAUCAGUUUAGACAGAUCCUGUACUCAAGCUUAACCGGAGUGCAAAUCUUAGUGAGAGGUCCUAAAGUUCAAACACUGGAAUCUUUAUAUGGAUUAUGCUCUCUUGUACCAAGAGCAUGCCAAAGGGUCAAGAUACAGACUGAAGAAUAUCUCGACUCAAACAUCUGUAAUUUCAUUGGAGUGGAGACAUCUGUAGCAGUACCUCUCCCAUGUGCAAAUGUGUGCAGGCUAGAUAUAAUUCCUGCUGAACAUCGAUCUGAAAAUGCUAGUACUCAUUUGGUGAGAUGGAGCGGCACGCUGCCUGCAAAACUUCCUACUUUGUUAAAUAAAAUAGAAAAAGCUUUUGAUAAUGAAAGACUAUGUGAUUCUGUACUGAGGGCACACUUGGCAGCAUUACAAGAGGAAUGGGCAAACAUCGCGAAGGUUGUCCAUGCAAUGCGGGGUCGUGGACAUAGAGGUGACCUUUCUGGUCUUAUGGUAAGUUUGGGGGCUGGACCACAUGAUCAAAAAUUAUUAGAUGCCUGGUCAAUGGGAUUGCCAUCGAAUCCUGCGUAAUGAUUAAAAUUCUUCAUAGGUUAACACUUGUAUUUUCAUUUAACAUUGUCAGUGCAAAGUAUUUAUCAACUAUCAAUCAAAUGCUUUUUGAACGAGGCUCCUUGUUCUUCUGGGCCUUUGCACAGUUUAUCUAAGGUUGUGCAUAGUUUGUUAUUUAUAAAUUAGUCGAGUCCUGCAGUGUAAUGAGAGAAGGCUCAGAAGCACAAGGAGCAUUAACAAAAAUAGCUCUUAUCAAAUAUUCGAAUAAAUUAUUGUCUGCAUUAGCACUA